AUGGAAGAAAGACGGCAUGAUGCUGGUAUUACUAGCAGACCAGUACCAACAGAGACACCAACAAUUGCCGUGCGGCUUCCCCCGUUCUGGGCCGACAGACCAGCAGUUUGGUUGGCUCAAGCCGAAGCACAGUUCACUCUGGCCGGUAUCAGUAGCGAGCAGACGAAGUUCUGCUAUAUGAUCUCGCAGCUGGACCAACGUUACGCAUCGGAAGUAGAGGACAUCAUCACCUUUCCAACCGAACGAGGCCCCUACACCCUACUGAGGACCGAGCUUGUGAGGCGGCAAUCCCCAUCGCCAGAGCAGCGCAUCCGGCAAAUCCUCACGGUCGAGGAAAUUGACGAUAGUAAGCCGUCCCAGUUCCUGAAUUACCUCAAAAGUCUCGCACCAGAGGUGUCUGAUAACGUCAUCCGAAGCGUCUGGACCAGCCGGCUAGCCCGCAACGUGCAGAGCUUCCUCGCCGGCCAGAACGAGAGCAACUUCGAGGCCGCAGCCCUCUGUGCAGACCGUAUCUCCGAGGUCGAAGUCCGGCCAGCGCUCGCUAGCGUUAAUGAACCCACGGACAUCGGCGCACUUCGGUAG